GAGCUUUCUGACAAAUAGCUGAAGUUCAGUUGAUCCUGUUUGAAGUUGAGCUCUCGGUGCAAACCGAAAGGAGAAGAGGCGAGGGCGCCCGAGAGAACUACACCGCAGCCUGCUGUUUUCUUUUCAACACUUUCCUCAGCUCUUCUGCCACAAGCUCUGCUGCUCUGUCCGCAUGGAGUGGGACACUGGCAAGAGAGGCUGCUAAGAAAGGAUCGAAUAUGCAAAGCCAACGGAAAACUGAAAUAGCACUUUUGGUUGAAAAACACUGGCUUUGUACUCCUUUCAAGUGUUUUACUUUUACUUCGUGAUGGGAAGAAUAGAAUAAUCAGAACCAUUGGGACAUAGGUUGGAUUUCACUAGUUGAAGAUGAAAUGAAGAUAAUAGAAGACGACAUGAGAGCAUAUUGUGUGUUUUUUGCAUAUGCAUCCAAACAAACCUUCCACAAAUAGACAUGAACAGGAAUUAGAAAUAUUUUUUUUUCCAGAGAGAGAGAGGCUAAUGGAGAAAUGUUAUUGUUUUCCUCCUCCACUUUCACACUCUCAAGCCUAUGAAGAAGAAUUUUUUUUUUAUACAAACAAGAGAACAGGAAGGCUAGGGGGAGUAAAUUUGACAUCUGAGUCUAUUGUAGAAAGUACUGAGCAUUUCUACUUCGGCAAAAACAAAACACUGUCCUGAAUAAAUGUAAUGAUUUCAUCAUCAGUGCAAUGUUUUCCUAAUCUAGGAAUGGCAUUUUAUCAGAAUGUGACGGGAAAGGAUUUUUGUGUGAAUUCAGUUAUUUUAAAUUCAAGUUUUGGGGUCAUUUUCCAGUGCUUUUCAGCAAAAAAGAUACUACGUUUUUUAGUCCCUUGACUUAUUUAAUCAGACUGUGUUUCACAUGGAAAAUGUAGAGACUUUACCUUCCUUUUAGUUUUAUGUGUUAUGCUUUACUGUUGUAGCUGUGCAAAGUACAGACAAGGCAUCUGUGGUUCAACUUUUCAGAAAUCCUUUGUUUUGUUUUCAAUACUGUACUUCAGAUAAGCUGAGCAGCGAGUCUAUCUUAUUCUUUUGUUUUUAAGCAAAAAUGCCUUAAGUGUACACUGUUAUAUUAGCUGAAUCAACAUUUGACAUCUUAACACUGUGUUUUGUAAAGAUGUAUGCUUGAAGGAAAGGAGCUGCCUAAUGGAUCAUGGCUCUUAUGUUUACACUACAUAUUUUAUUUCUAGCAUUAGUGAUGUUUGCUCUCUCCACUUUUGAAGAAUCUGUAAGCAAUUACUCUGACUGGGUGACUUUCACAGAAAAUGUGUAUCAGUAUGAGAAACAAAAACUGCAAGAUUUCAGUGCCAACCAGAAGCUGAAAAAAGCUAUUCUUCAUCCAAGCUUAUAUUUUGAUGCCGAAGAUAUCCAAGCACUGAGGCAAAAGUCUCGUACAAGCCAUUUACAUCUGUUCAGAGCUAUCAGAGGUGCAGUGACAGCUAUGCUGUCCAGCCCAUCAUACUACCUACCUCCACCCAAGCAUGCUGAUUUUGCUGCAAAGUGGAAUGAGAUUUAUGGUAACAAUCUGCCUCCCUUAGCUUUUUAUUGUUUGCUAUGCCCAGAAGAUAAAGCUGCCUUUGAUUUUGUUUUAGAAUACAUGGACAGAAUGGCUGGCUACAAAGACUGGCUGGUUGAGAAUGCUCCAGGAGAUGAAGUGCCACUUGGUCACUCCUUAACAGGUUUUGCCACUGCUUUUGACUUCUUAUAUGGCUCACUGGAUAACAUCAGAAGACAAAAAUAUCUAAAGAAGAUCUGGGUUGUGAGUGAGGAAAUGUACGAAUAUUCAAAAGUCCGCUCAUGGGGAAAGCAACUUCUCCAUAACCACCAAGCCACUAAUAUGCUAGCACUGCUCACAGGUGCCCUGGUUACUGGGGUGGACAAAAAAUCUCAGACAAAUAUUUGGAAACAUGCCGUUGUUGAUGUGAUGGAAAAAACCAUGUUUCUGCUCAAUCAUAUUGUAGAUGGCUCUUUGGACGAAGGAGUAGCUUACGGCAGUUACACAGCUAAGUCAGUAACCCAAUAUGUUUUCCUGGCCCAGCGCCAUUUUGGUAUUAAUAACCUAGAAAACAAUUGGCUGAAAAUGCACUUUUGGUUUUAUUAUGCCACACUGUUACCAGGCUAUCAGAGGACUGUGGGCAUAGCAGAUUCUAAUUAUAACUGGUUUUAUGGCCCUGAAAGCCAGCUGGUUUUCCUGGAUAAGUUUGUAAUGAAGAAUGGAGCUGGCAAUUGGCUGGCACAACAGAUUAGAAAGCACAGGCCCAAGGAUGGCCCAAUGGUGCCAUCCACUGCACAAAGGUGGAGCACACUUCACACUGAAUACAUCUGGUAUGCUGCAGAGCUAACUCCUCAACCUCCCCCUGACUAUGGCACUGCUAAGAUGCAUGUGUUUCCUAACUGGGGAGUUGUUACUUAUGGGGCUGGGUUGCCAAAUACUCAGACCAACACCUUUGUGUCUUUUAAAUCCGGAAAGCUUGGUGGCCGUGCAGUCUAUGACAUAGUUCAUUUUCAGCCAUAUUCCUGGAUUGAUGGAUGGAGGAGUUUCAAUCCAGGACAUGAACAUCCAGAUCAGAACUCCUUUACUUUUGCCCCCAAUGGACAGGUGUUUGUAUCUGAGGCCCUAUAUGGACCCAAGUUCAGCCACUUGAAUAAUGUACUGGUGUUUGCUCCAUCUCCUACAAGUCAGUGUAAUCAACCUUGGGAGGGACAACUUGGGGAGUGUGCACAGUGGCUUAAGUGGAUUGGUGAUGAGACUGGAGACUCAGCUGGGGAGAUUAUAACAGCUUCUCAGUAUGAGGAGAUGAUGUUUGUGAGUGGUGAGGCAGCAUCUGCCUACUCUUCUGCAAUGAAACUGAAAAGCGUGUAUCGUACUUUGCUACUCCUAAAUGCUCAGACAUUGCUAGUAGUAGACCAUAUUGAGAAGGAGACAGACUCUCCCCUCAGCUCUGUCAGUGCCUUCUUUCAUAAUCUUGACAUUGAUUUUAAAUAUAUACCCUAUAAGUUUAUGAACAAAUAUAGUGGAGCCAUGAUGGAUGUGUGGGAUGCUCACUAUAAGAUGUUUUGGUUUGAUCAUCAUGGGAAUAGUCCUGUUGCCAGGAUACAAGAGGCAGAGCAAGCAGCAGAGUUCAAAAAGCGGUGGACUCAGUUCAUAAAUGUUACCUUUCCCAUGAAAACCACUGUUACAAGAGUUGCAUAUGUGUUCUAUGGACCAUAUGUUAAUGUUUCUAACUGCAGAUUCAUAGAUGAUUCCAAAUAUGGAUUUCAAAUUUUUCUAAAUGUCAACAACACUGAAAAUAUUGUCUCCAUUGUGACUGAAUAUCACAGUCUGAGGACAAGGUUCAAUUAUUUGGGAUUUGGUGGCUUUGCCAAGGUAGCUGAUCAAAACAAAGUUAUCAAAUUUGGUCUAGGCACUGAAGCUGUACAAGAACAGAUAACAAAUAACAGAACAGUUUUCCCAUUUGGAUUCAAAGUGAAUAUAAUAGCAGGAUUAGUUUUGGGCAUUAGUUUGGUAAUACUGGUUUUUCAGUGGCGGUUUUACAUUUCCUUCAGCAAGUUGUUGCGCUGGAUACUAAUACUGGUUAUCACACUGUGGUUUAUUGAGCUGGUGGAUGUAUGGAGCACUUGCACUCAGCCUAUCUGUGCAAAAUGGAGCAGUGACAUCAUAAAUGUAGACCCAAAUACAGGCAAUACAGCCAAACAGUUAGAAGGAAACCCUGUUGUUUUGCCAGAUGUGGUAAUUACCUCACUUCCCAGUUCCGGAGCAGACAUUUUAAAGCAACUUUUUUUUAACAGUAGUGAUUUCAUAUACAUCAGAAUCCCUACAACUUACCUUGAUAUCCCUGAAACUGAACUUGAAAUUGACUCAUUUGUAGAUGCAUGUGAAUGGAAGGCUUCUGAUAUCCAAAGUGGCCGUUUCCAUCUACUCCGAGGCUGGCUCCAAUCCCUGGUCCAAGACACAAAACUACAUUUACAAAAUAUUCAUUUACAUGAAGCCAGCAGAAAUAAAUUAGCUCAGCAUUCUACCAUAAGUAAGGACAAAAAGAGAAGAUCCAGAAAGAGAGAGUCUUUGUCAGAACAAAGAAGCAGAACAAGAGGAAAAUUAGACAAAGAUGCUGAAUACAUUAGGGAACUGAGGAGACACCUUGCCUAUUAUCCAUAUGCACGUCCUGUGCUUAGUUUAAGUAGUGGGAGCUGGACAUCAAAGCUUCCUUUCUUUCAAGAAAUCAUAGGUUCCUCAAUGAGGGCAUUGUAUGUAGUAAGGGACCCUCGGGCAUGGAUCUACUCAAUGUUGUAUAAAAGUAAGCCAAGUCUUUACUCCUUGAAAAAUGUUCCACAGCACUUAGCUAUGCUGUUUAAAGUGGAAGGCGGGAAAGAAAAGUGUGGUUUACAUUCACGCUAUGCCUUUGAAUAUGAAUCACUGAGGGAAGAACUCUUGGAUUCUAGGUCAAAUGCAGUUUCUGUGCUGUCCCAUUUGUGGCUAGCAAACACAGCAGCAGCGCUGCGAGUAAAUGGGGAUCUGCUGCAGACAAAUUAUCAGCUGGUCAAGUUUGAAGAUAUUGUGAGCUCUCCUCAGAAGACAGCUGAAGCAAUUUAUGCGUUCCUUGGUAUUCCUCUGUCUCCUGCUAGCUUAAACCAAAUAUUGUUUGCCACCUCCACCAAUCUUUUCUACCUUCCUUAUGAAGGUGAAAUAUCACCAACUAGUAUUCAUGCCUGGGAACAAAAAAUGCCUAUUGAAGAAAUUAGACUGAUUGAGGACAUCUGUUGUACCUUGAUGGACCACUUAGGAUACCCAAAGUUUACAGUUUAAAUGCUGCAGGUCAGCAGUAGUUUGCACUAAUGAUCCCCAACUCCUCGGUGUGUGAAUAAGAAUUAGAGAGUUUGUUUAUUCUUGUAAAAUGUGUGUACAGUCUGUUACAUGCAGAAAGAUGUAUUUAAAAAAUAGAUAUUUGUUCUAGCAGGAUUUUUAAAAACAAACACUUAUAACUACUUUUGCUGCCUUUCAAAUGAAGCUGUGUGAACCUUUACAAAUCUACCAGCUGGGGAACAGAUAGGUCAAGGGAUUGGUAAUAAACUAUGGAGCCUUGCACUUCCAGGUGAACAGUUUGACCCAGCACGAGUGGGUAGUUGCCCAAAGUAGUUACCAUCUGAUGGCUGUUUGGUGGCCUAUAUGAAAUGAGUUGGUGGUCUCAGCCCACUUCGUAAUGGGAUCAGAUUUGCAGGUAUAUUCUGGCCACUUGCUACACCAAUAGGGCAAAGGAGCCAUAAACUGAGUAAAACUGGGGUUUAAAUCUGUUGUUCAUCACUUGAGUUGGUGUUCUAGUAAAUCUGGCCCCUUAUUAGGAGUCUCAGCAGACAGGCCAAGGGCUGACACGGCAUAGAAACUGAAUGGCAUGUGAUAUGGUUCCUCCAGGUCAGAACUGAAGCUCUUUGGUAGGGUUUUAUGAGGACGAGUUCUUCCUGUAACUAUUCUGUAGAUAAAGAGAAGACUUCAGUCUCCAGUUCCAUCCAUCUGGCACCUUCUCUGAGCACUAAAUGAACUUUGGGGAUGGGUGGGAGAGGGAAACCAUCACAAGAAAUCCACAGAACCCAUAAAACCCCAUAAAUCUAUCAGUUAAAAAUUAGCUGAGAGGUUUCUAAAGGAUCCUGUGAAACUCCAACGGUGCUCCACAAUACUAAACUGCCCCUGGAUUUUCAAAGCUGCUAAUGCUCUCGCCACUGAUGCUGCUGCUCUGUGCAGCUCCUCUUAGCUAAGAGAAUCUGAAUGAACUUCCUCUUUUCUCAGUAAGACUCCUCCAUCCUUCUUCUUUGUUUGUUGUAACACACUAUGAAGUCUCUUCUCUUUUUAGCUGACCAUUGUGCAUAACUCUCACUAAUUCCAGUGGCAAAGGUGUAUGAGUUCCUGUCAAUGCAAACAUUUGAUGUCAUCAUCAUCAGUGGUAAUAUAUUCAUAUCAGGUGGGAAUGUAGUGAUUAGAAGAGCCCAGAUAAAUCUCCAGACCUGUGUUUCAUCAAGGGAUGAUUAGCUUUUCUGUAUACUAGAUCUGCCAGCAACAUCUUAUAGCUGGUCAAGGUAGCUCUUUGCAUUGAGUCACUUCAAAGAGGUUUCUCUCUCCUACUCCAGGCUUGGAUGACAAUUAAUCUCAGUAAUUUCUUUCAAGCAUCUGAUUAUUUUAAAAUAUGAUUCUUGUUUCUUUAAAUGUGCACUGAAAUGUCACAUUGAUUUGGAAAUACAUACCCUUUGUGGGGUGAAUAUUUGCUUUUGGUAAUAUCUUAGUCAUGCAGCACUUGUGUUUUUCCUUGAGUCAUAUAUAUAUUUUUUUCUUUUCACAAUGUUCUUUUUUUAAAAAAAAAGACAAUGUUGAAAUUGUCCUAAUUUAUCAUACUCAGCAGUCUUUUGAAAUGCAUACAUACUGUAAAUAUCUUCAAAUGUGUAAAUCAAACCAUAGAUGAUGUCAGAGACAUCUGCUUUCUUUACCGUCUGUGUUUUUUUCCCCCAUUACUAAUGAAGUUGUCAUGAAAUGUGCUUAGUUUUGUUUGUAGGAGCUGAAAUCAGAGUUUUGUGCUAUUAUAUUGAAAUAUAACAGUAGAGUAAUUACCAUAUAUUUGGUUGACAAGCAUUAGGCAAUGUCAAGAUGUAAUGAGUUUCUCUCUACAGAUUGCAAUUCUCUUGCUGAUGUUUAAUAUUAAACAUCUUGCUGAUGUACUCCCCUUUUUUCCUGCUGUUCCCCCCCC